AUGGACGUGAUAAACGGCGGCUUUAAAGGCGUAGUGAAGACACUUGGUCGUAUCGGCAAGCAGAGAGAUCGUGACGAUGACGAUGACGGCCACCCUCUAGAGAUCGGCGAGCCAACGGACGUGAAGCACGUGGCGCACGUCACGUUCGACCGCUUUAAGGGCUUCCUGGGUCUCCCGGAAGACAUCGAGGGCGAGCUGCCGUGCCGCGCGCCCAGUGCGGGGCGGUCCGUGUUCGGCGUGCAGCCGGAACUGCUGCAGUGCUCACAGGACGAGUUCGGCAACAGCGUGCCCAACAUCCUGCUGCAGCUGCAGGCGCUGCUAUACGUCAAAAAGGGCCUCCAGACGGAGGGCAUAUUCCGCGUGGCGGCGGAGAACGACCACGAGGACGAGAUCAGGGAUCAGGUCAACAUGGGGCUCGUGCCGCAGAGCAUCAACGUGCACGCGCUCGCGGGGUUGAUCAAGGCGUGGUUCCGCGAGUUACCACAAGGGUUGCUGGACUCGUUACCAGUGGAGGUGGUGGCGGCGUGCGAGACGGAGGAGCAGAUGCUGGCGCUGGUGGCGGAGCUGCCGGAGACGCAGAGCAUGCUGCUGGACUGGGUGGUGGGGCUCAUGGCGGACGUGGUGCAGUUCGAGGAGCGCAACAAGAUGAACGCGCGGAACAUUGCCAUGGUGUUCGCGCCCAACAUGACUCAGGUACUCGAUCCUAUUAUGGCAUUGAGACACGCAGUGAAGGUGAUGGACUUACUACACGCAGUGAAGGUGAUGGACCUGUUGCGAGUGCUCAUCGAGAGGAAGCAGCAGGAGCCUCUGAGGGAGGGCGGUAGCGCGGCGCUCAAGUCCUUUGUGUACUGCACGCAGCCACCCACCAUUGAGAUCUUCGAGGAGCCCCGGCAGAGAAGUAAGGAGAGACAAGGUCAAGCAAGUCAACUGAGCCACGCCUCACAGGACGACAGCAACAGCAUCUCCCUUCCGCACCUGCCUAGAAUCGCCAGCGACAGCCCCGUGCAUCCCAGCAGCGGAUUAGCCGGCACAGUAGACCCUAAGGAGCUCAGUCGAAGGGUAGCCAGCGGCCCUCUGCAGGUGUCAGCAGCAGCAGCAGAGCGGUGGAGGAAGAGGAGAGAACCCAAACCCGCACCACACCACACAAGAAUGGCUUCCCAUGAUGGCCCUGUAGGCAGAGACGUGCCUCCCUCGCCUGGGUUCUUCCGGAGUGGCAAGAACGCGCCUCAGUCCGACCCCACAGCCAAGGAGCGCCGCGCUUCUCGGAUCGGAGUCCCCACGAAGAUGUUUUUUCGGAGGAAUCUGUCGGAGGGCGGGCCGGCGUUUGGCCGGGACUGGGAUGCAGAGCGGCGGAAGAUUGCAGCAGAGGAUGCAGGAGCAGCUGGGGGUGCUGGAGGGACGGGGGUUCUGGAUGGGGGGGAUGUGGCGGAAGGGAGGGAGGGCGAGGGGGAGGAUGAGGUGGGGGCAGGGGAGAUGGAGUUACGGGGUGCAGAGGAGGGCGUAGGGUCAGGGCCAAGCGUGGAAGGCCAGCAGAGGGCUGGCUCGUCUGGUGCUCGGGGUGCUAAGAAGCUACUGCACAAGUUUGGGACAGGUCUCAGGGUAGUAACACCUGGUGGGGGGGGCUCUGGGGGUGGCUCUAGUGGGGAAGCGUCGUCGCCCCGCGGGCAGCUGUUGCGAAGAUCAUUUAGCUCCAAGGGGUCGGGGUUAGGCCCUGCUGCUGAUAAGCUAUCAGCGGUGGCAGCUUCUGUGUCGACAGGAGGGGUGCCGCCGCCUGUCCCAGAUAGGCCUUCCCGGGUUCUACCUCCCACGCCUCGCAUGGGAAGCAUGCUAGAGAAGCCAGUGAGGAAUGUGGAGAAGGCUACUAGAGGGGUGGGGAAGCUUGCGAGAAGCUUCUCAGGGAAUAUUGACGGGCACUGGGGUGCUAUCAAGCGGGAGAUGGGGUUGGCAGUGCGCGGUAAGGGGCGGAGUAGUUUGUCUGUUAAUGUGGCAGGCCCGGUCUUGUCGGCACCAGGUGGAGUGGAUUCGGCAGGGGCGGGCGGGUUAAGGGAGGAGAGAAGUGAUGGUGGUGGGGCAGAGAGACUGUGGGAAGCUACUGGGCAGGUUGGGGAGGGGCAGGAGAUUCUAGAUGGGGUUAUGGAGCAUGGGGCCGAGGCUACUGUAGAAGCUGUAGAUGCCGUAGAUGCUAUAGAUUCUGUAGAUGUGGGCAUGGAUGUAGGGUUUAUGGGAAGGGAUGGUGGAGGAGGGGAUGCAGCUGUUGAUAUGGAGGGAGGGGAAAUGGCAGUUGAUGUUGUCGUUUGCACGACUCCUGGUCGAAGGGAGGAGGGAGGUUUUGGGUCGGAUGAAGAUGUGACAAUGGAGGGAGCUGAGGAGGGCGGCAUGAAGCUAAGGGAUGAUGAUGAAAGUGGGGAUGUUGGGAAAGGGUCUUGGGAGGGAGAGAGUGGGGAGUCCGAUUUUAGCUAUGGUGCUGUAGGAACGUGUGUGGGCACAUCGGUGUGCCGAUCGAUAUGCCAGGAUCGAUUCAAAUCUCCCUCUGUUCUUUCCACCAUGGCCCUCGAUCUGCGGAAGUCCAUCACCAGUGCUCGACUCGCCGACGCAUCUUCCCUCGAACCUUCCGACCGAGCGUUUUCCCUCUCUCGCCUCCUCUCGCCACGAAGCGGCAAUCCCCGCUCCUCCUCAUUUUCGCGCGGAAACGACAAAAACGACGUCAAAUCGAAUGUCUCUGCAUUUUCGGCCUCCGGGUUAUCCGCAAGUGUCCUAUCUGCAGCCGAACCUGCCGGGCUGCAUUCCGAAGCAGCACGCACUGGCUCGGGUGCAGCCGCCGGUGGUGGCUGGGAAGCUCCUCAGGCUACAGCUUCGGCAAGGGUAGCGUCGGAAGUCGAAGGUUCGGGACAGCCGAAGCUGUUGCUGGAGGCGCGCUCAGGCCGCAUUGCACACGUCAGCCGGGGGUUGUUGCGCGACCUGGGUUACACCAGCUCUGAAGAUUUUGGCGGGAAAAGCUUGUACGAUCUGGCGGAUGGGCUCUAUGAAGCUGAUUGGUCGAGAGCCGUAGAGGCGGUGACGAAGAACAAACGCGCUUCGGUGCGAAUUCACUUCAAGCUGCUGAAAAGCGACAGAGCUGGCGAUCUUGUCGGCACGCGCGUCGCUCUCUCGCUGAAUUUCGCAGGCGACGAAGAGAGGACCGUCGCAGGCGAUGGACCGUUGCCAACAUUCCUCCUCGGGGGCUUAAUGCCAGCGCCGCCGCAAUCAUCGACGCCGGCGGCGGGAGCGGCCAGCGGUUUCCGGGUGCGACGCGUGGAGGUGAUUAUAGAGGAACCGCCCCAGACCCCGCUACAAGAAACGACGGGUAAACGAACGGCCGAAGCCGCUCUAAUGGGAGAAACUGUCGAACGUCGAGAGUUUGAUGGCGUCCCUGGGAGAUACCAAGAUAUAAGAGUCUCAGAAUGCGACAGCCUUGGCGACAUAAAUGGGGACUCGAGUCGCAUAGGUGGCGAAUCCUGCGACAACUCUCUCGAGAGUUCUUCCACGUCAGCGGAGCCCCAUUCCACGUCACCGCAGGAGCAAAUUACAUCACCAGGUUCGGACUGGCAGGCGGGAAGCGAGACGAACAGCGAUUGGUCGAGGGAGAGCGAGUUGCAGCAGCAGGGCUUAAAAGACGGCAUCAGGGGGGCAGGUGCGAGGGGAAGCCGCGCGCAGCAGAACGGAAUGGUUUGCGCGUUUGGCGCGCCUCCCGGCUCUAUCACUCCCCCUCGCGCCCACGCCCGCCCCCCUCUCCCAUCCCGCGGAAACGGCGACGUGGGGAGCAGCUCUGGUCGUACGCGCGCCUCCGGCUACCACUCCGCGCGCAAGCCGCCCGUUCCACGUGUCAGCAGCACAGGGUCGUUGAAAUCAAUGCAACCUCCGAAUUCGUCACGGACCGUCCAGAAUAGCAACUGGCCGCGACGCGAGGAUGGAGAGGAGGAUUUGGAGGAGGAUGACGAGGAGGAAGAGGAGGAGGGGAAUGGGUUGGAGAUAGACGAGGAAGGAUUGGCAUUAGCUUUAAGAGAAGACCCCGACGACGAGGAUGCUCUUAACGAGGAUGCAUACAGUGAAGCAGAAAAUGACGACGACAUGACAUCCCCGAUCGCGCCGCUCGAGGAAAUCGAGAAUGAUUUUGAAGACGACGACGAAGAUGAUGAGGACGCGUAUAUCGGGGAUGGCAGGGGCGGGGAGAGCGCGACCGUCGCUCGGCAAAUUUCGGACGUUCGUGAGAGGCUUGCGGCGCGGAGAUCGUGCCACCUGGCGCGCGGAGGGCGGGAGAUGGACGCGGACGCGAUAUCGGACGAGGACGAGGACGAGGAGUCGUGGGAGCGCGUGAAGCAGCGCUGGGCCGCGCAGCAGCAGCGCCUGCAGCGGCGGGAGGAGCAGCAGGUGCAGCAAGCGGUUCAGGCGGCGAGGGAGAGGGAGAAGGAGCGCGAGAGGGAGAGGGCGGCGAGACGGGGGGAGGAGGGCAAGAAGCGGGCGUUUGCAAAGUGGGUGGGCGGGGUUCGGGGAGGGGACGGGGGAGAAGGAAUGGAAGGUGAGGGAGGGGGAGGGAGGGAGGGAGUGUGGAGGAGUGAGCGGAGCGGUCGGAGCGAUAAGAGCGACAGGAGCGAUAGCCCUGCUAGCAGAUCGCUGCGCAUGAGCCUGAGCAUGGGACGAUCGCAGUCUCUUGCUGCCCCAGCGGCCUCUAGUUAUGGCCAAGGCAAUGAUGAGGGGAAGGUGCGGGAGAGGGAGAAAGAAAGGGAGAAGGAACGAAGAGGCCCGGCCCUAAGCAAGGCGGUGAGCUUCGGGAGAGUGGGCUUUUCGCUUUCGUCCCCUUCAAAGAGAGAACAGAAGGGGUCCAGCAGGCUUGGGAGUGCCGAACCAGAGGGCUGGAGUGAGGAUAGACGGGUGGCUGCUAGCCGUUUUGCUGAGGAGAGUGGGAGGAGCGGAGUGGGGGUACAGCAAGAGAGAGGGAAGGAGGAAAAGGAGCAAGAGGAGGAAUUUUUCUGGCUGGGAUCGCCCGUGAGAGAAGACAAGGAGACUAAGGACUUGAAUGCUCCCUCUGUCUCUUGCAUUGACACCAGCACUGGCAGCAGUCUUGACAACAGCAACAGUACCGUCACCAGAAGUAACAGCAUUCGAGGAAAACUGAACCUAUCGCUGUCACCUCUCAACGUAGACGACUCGGAAGCACCAAGCGAGACCAGCCCAGCUUCUCCCGCUACCAUCUCCAGUCCUUCUCAGCCCCUCUCCCGCCCGCCCUCCCGUAUUCCCUCCCUCAUUGCUCGCUCCUCCUCAUCCGACGAUGCCCGCAGCCUCCGCAAGCAGCACUCAGAGCCCAAGCGCGAUCUCAACCACAUUCCGGCACCGUUCUGCACCGCCCCCGACCCCUGCAGUUUACCCGCCGACUCACAGCCUGGGGGAGGAGAGGCGUCCACGCCUGGCCGGCGCCUGUUGAGCGCCCUGAGCCACAAGGGAGUGGUUGGCGCUGCCAAGAAGGCCCUUGAGGCAGUCAGCUCCCCUCGCCGCUCCCACACCUCUCUGUUCGCCUCGGUAUCUGCAGAAUGUGCCUCGGCUCGUGAAGAUGGUGCUGAGGGUGCCUCUGCUGGCUCCUCUGCUGGUGGUGGCGGUGGGAGGGGAGGAGGAGGGGGAGCAGAGCCCCUGAUUGGCUCGCCGCGGUUCUUCUCGUCUUCCUCGCGGCCGUCGUCUCUCCGCCCCUCUGCCUCCCAUGACAGCUACACGUCCUCUCCCUCCUCUCGUCUCUCCUCAUCCCCAUCCCGGAGCAUCGUGCCUCGCUCUUCCUCUCUGGAGGUCCCGAGGUCGGCUGGGGUGCCUCGGAGUGUGUCGCAAGAGAGUGGUUUUGGCACCAGCAGCAGUAGCAGGGAAAGUGGUGGCGCCUCACGCCACCGCAGCCUGCUUGCCCCAUCCUCUUACAGGGAAGAUGGGGGCAGUUACAGAGAAGGGAGCAGCUUUAGAGGUGGUGGUGGAGGGGAUGUGAGUGGAGGUGUGCAGGGGGGGAAGCAGCAGCUGUCUGGGCUGCAGGCCCCAGGUGUAUCAAGCAGUGUGGGUGGAUGUGCAGUGGAGUGUAGAGCGGUUGGGAUGGAGGGUCGAAGGGAGGAUGCUGGCUCGGCUUUGACACCCAAGGGCCGGUGGGGAGCUUGGGCUGAAGACGAGAAGUCUGGAGAUAUGGAUUGGUUUUGGUAG